AACACCAAUGGAUGGCGGCUGUGCUGCGGUUCAAUGUUCCACCGUUUUUUCAAGUGGAGAGAAAAGGCGACUGACGCUCGAACGGGUGGAGACUGCUACACGUUUAAAUCCCCCGGGUCGGUUUUUCAUCUUUCAGCAAGGCCAACUUUUCUUUUUUUCCUUUUCCUCCCAUCCGUUGGAUUAUUUAGAGCUGUUUUAAUGUCGUAAGUUACAGGUCUGCAAGGGCGUCGUUGUUGGGAAGUUUAUUCCGGGGGGGGUGGGGGGGUUUGACCAGCGAAGGGCCAUGGCAGUCGAGGCUCGGCCGGAGCUGGUCGGGAAGCGGUUCCUCUGUGUCAGCGGCGACGAGCCGCCUGAAAUCGGCGACAUUGGUCGGUGGCCGUGGAGGUCCGGGGUUAUACGGGCCGUCAACCAUCGUGACAGCGACAACGCCGAGCUGACGGUAUAUGUGGAGUUUGAUGACCAGGAGUGGGACAAGAGGGAGUGGGUGAAGGUCUAUGAGGAUUUCCAGCUGUUUCUACUGGAGCAUCAGCUGGUCUGGGCCAAGAGGAAGGAGUGCGCAGCAGCAGCAGGAGGAGGAGGAGGAGCAGGAGGCCUGCUGCAGGGAUCCAAGGCCAAACACAUACAGUGGCCUGCCCUGGUAAGACCUGUGUUUGCUAUUUAUAGGCUGGGCACGAUAAUGAUGCUGGCCAGCCAAGCUGACUCUGCUGCAAGUGUUCUGUCCUCUCUGCUGCUCUGUGGAUCGUCUCUGUGCUUCUGCAUGAAGGUGUUGCUGUUUACGAGCUUUUCUAUAAACUUGUUUGGCUCUUGCUGUUGUUUGGUCGGCACGUCAUGCGUUUCCUGUCAAUCAUCAGUGAACGGAUGA